AUGCUGUCACGAUAUGUACGAGAAAUCAUCGAACAGCCAUUUCUGACAACGACGAUGUUCAUCGGUGCUUAUAUGAAACGAUGUCGACGUCCAUUCAUCAACACGCCUCAAGCAAAUUCACACGAUGACAUCGUUAAGUCGGAUGAUGAAUCCAACAAGCGAACCGAAUCAAAAAGAGAACAUAAUCCGUUGCAUCGGUCUUCCGCACUGAAGAGGCGAAUCACUGCCGCGUCAUCGGCGAGCAGCCCACGUCCAUCCGUCGACGUCUUCCGCCGCUCGAAGUAUCCUAUCCGUCUUUUCUUCGACAUCAAAAACAACGCCUCUGGAGAGUUCAACUCCCUUCAAGAUGACAAUGCUGACGAAUUCAAGUGCGCUUUAGGGAAAAUUGUCAAAAAAGAAUUGUAA